CUCCGCCUUGGUUCCUUAUGAAAGAUCUUUGGUAUUGUUUACAUACGUAAAGUAAAUAAACUAUUGAACCGGCGAUGUAUAUUUUAUUGUCAACGACAUGCAUCUGCUUUAUAAACGCGUUUCUUCCAGUUAUUGUCAGAAGUAUAAUAGCACAAGGGAUUCUGAGGUACCAGGUAUCGACCCAUGCUGGAAUACACACAUUCAUGUGUGAUGUAGCCUCCACAGCUGGCAAUCUGCUGUCCUGUAUUUGUGUUGCAUCAGCACAUGAACGGGAACUCAAAACUGAAGAAGCACAUGUAAAAGCAGAGUUAGCAACAAUCUCAAUGAUCGAUGAAUUUGCAAAAUAUGCUCGAAUGCAACGUAAACUUAACAAAAUUCAGAAUGAGUUGAAAACUGUAGCGGCUUCACGACUGGAAUCACAAGCAAAAACCAAAAUUGCUGUUACAUAUGCUGCACAAUUUGUGUUGGGCAUCAUUACCUGCUGCUUUGUCUGGAUGUAUAAGCAUGUACCUGUUGCAACUUUUCCACCAAAUUGGAUGAAACCUUUCGGUGCAUUUCUCUCAUGGCCAUCUGGCAUUGAUGGUGGUAUAAGUAUUGUUAUUUGGUUGUUUUGUGUUGGACACGUUGCAAGAAAAGCAGCUAAGCAGUUUUGUAUUUGAGUGUGCUAAAUAUUGUGUAUGUCAAGAUGCUUAAUUUUGUUACGAGCACAGUACUUGUAUUUCCAUCCCAAAGAAAUAUUUUAAAAAUAAAAGUUUUGUUGCUGAGAAA